CUUAACACUGUAUUAGGUGACAGUUUUGAUCUUAGAUGUUUUAGUAUUUAUUGCCAGAUUAUCCUCGUUAAACAUUCUCUUCUUUGUUCUCAUUGGUGGCCCGGCUGGGCAAAUGAUUGGGUGUACAUGUCUGACCGAUUUAUUGGUCCAAAAUGUUUGUUGGCAAACAUGUGCUCUUAUAACUUUCUUAAGCGGGAUGUUUAUAACUUAUUAAGUAUACUUCCGUGUUGUGAUAAAUAAACAGAGGUUUUAUUUUCGGUCUGUACGCUAUCGUUUUCCCAAUAAAUCUUGCAUCAGACAGGUCACCAAUCUAUAAUAUUGGUAUGCAACUUCAUGACAAAUAAAGGCUUCCUUCUGGAACAGAACUUUUCGUAAAUGAAAAAGAUGGCAGAUUUUGAUUCGAAUGUGUGUUCCCCACCCCACCUCAACUUUAUAUCAACAGCCUAAAUGCAGCUUAAAUGUCGGCGCCAGUUUUUUGCUUGCAUUCAAAAUAACAUAGCUUUAAUCAGUAAGCUUUUGAAAAUAACAUCUAAUUCAGAAAUCAUAAUAAAAAAUGGCAACCGAUCAGGCUUUCAGUGCUGCUACUGGAGAGGCAACACAAAUGCUUCAAGAGUUUUGGCCAACAGUUAUUCAGCAGAUACGUAGCCUUACCAAUGAUAAUUUCAAGAAUCAGGAGUUGCCACUUGCAAGAAUUAAAAAAAUAAUGAAACUUGAUGAAGAUGUGAAGAUGAUAAGUGCAGAGGCUCCCGUCCUGUUUGCUAAGGCAGCAGAGAUUUUUGUGAGUGAACUUUCCUUGAGGGCAUGGAUUCAUACAGAGGACAACAAACGAAGAACAUUGCAGAGAAAUGACAUUGCUAUGGCAAUUUCCAAGUUUGAUCAGUUUGACUUUCUUAUUGACAUUGUACCACGAGAUGAACUGAAACCAGCCAAGCGACAGGAAGAGACUGUUCGAACCUCAGCCUCUCUGCCAGACCAGAUCCAGUACUAUCUCCAGCUUGCUCAGCAGCAAACACAGCAGCAGCAGCAGCAGCAGCAACAGGUGCAGCAGCAGCAGCAGCAGCAGCAGGUUACACAGGUUCAGCAGGUGCCACAACAAGUACAGGUCCAGCAGUCAGUGCAGGUACAACCGCAGGUAGUGACCCAGACUGCACAGCCUGUGCAGCAGAUUGUUUCACAAGCAACACCUGUUCAACAAACUGCCACAGUCCAUUUGUCAGGUGGACAAAUUAUCCAGCAACCAUUCCAGAUACAAGUUGGAGGCCAGACAGCAACAACUUUGCCAUUUGCUAGCGUUGCAGGGCAGCCUCAGAUUGUGCAGCUUCAGACUGCUCAAGGUCAGCAGCUUGGGCAGGUGCAGCAAGUCAUGACCUCUUCUAUGCAGCCAGCACAGACUGCCGUGGUGUCGCAAAUACCUGCACAAGUUGCAGCAUCUGUUAUGCACCCAACUACACAGGUGUAUCAACAGGUGGUUGCACCAUCAGGGGAAGUCCAUAAUGUACCUAUUCACCUGACACCACAGCAGCUCCAGUCAAUUCAGAUGCAGCUUACUGGAAAGUCAACAGCCCAGAGCAUUGUCAUUCAGUCCAGCCAGCCUCUCCAAGCUCAAGCUGACCAGAUAGCACAAAUCACACAGCCCAUUUACCAGAUUCAGCAGUUGCCAGUUGGACAGCAUCCCCAGCAAAUUUUCAUUCAGCAAGCGGCACCUGAUGGAGACGUUGAUCAGACAGAGGUACAAGAGGCAACAUGAACAUAAAAAUAGUACCAUGAGAGAAAAAGGAAUCUUUUUAAAGGAAGGAGAGAAAGAAAGCAAAGAUCUGAUCUAUCUGUGGUCUGAAGCAGUGGGUUGAGAGACCGGAACCUUGCCAUUUAAAUAAGCGCUGCUGGAAAUCAUUGUUUUGUAUGAAUCUGUAUUAACAGUGAUGUUUAAAAUAGUUCAAGAUCUUCCAUGAAAUCAUAUUUUACAGAAGUCUUCUAACGUUUUUUAAUGAAUGCAAUUUUUGAAGAAUAUAGCAAUGUUAAAAAGAAAAAAAACUUAUCUUCUUAGUAUGUUAGACAAUGGCUUGUAUGUUUUCAUGGAAAUAUUUAACUCCUUUUUGAUUUGUGGCAUUUAAUAAAGCUUGAAAUUGGCUUAAACAGCAGAAAAGAAAUGCUUAAUGGAUGUCAUUUUUCACCACGGAACAUUUUUAACUAUUUUUUCAUCUCGAUCAUUUGUAAAAUGAAGUAAAUAUUUAAAUGUUGUAAAGAUGUUUGAUUUAAAAAGGAAUUAACAAACCUCAGUAGUUGAGAUGCAAGGACAUUUGUUGCUUACAUUUUCCCCCUCUUAAUGAUGAUGCACAUAAUUUGAGGCAGCAGCACAUGUACACAUCAGAACAUAUUUCUAUUGUACUGCAGAUGAUCUUAGUUUCGAAGAAACAAUACUGGGUCUAAAACAUAUAAACCAAGUGAGUUGCAGUUCUUGCAGUUUUGGCUAAGUUUUCAAUUUAAUAUUUGUAUUAAUCUGAUAACAAAUAACUGAAAGAAGAAGAAAAAACAACAAAAGCAAGUGUUUUAUUUAUUUUAUUUUUUUACAUCUUUUGGAAAGUUAAGAUUGAUCAAAAUUUUAAAUGGAAUAUAUCAGCGAUAUCUGGUUAAUAUAUCAACAAUAUCUGGUAACAAAAAUCCUUUGAAAAUUAUUGGUCCAGAAAUCUGUUCUCAUGUGCACUCAACCAAAAUUUGGUAAUAAAGUGAUCAUUGGUACAUGUGACUAAUAUCCAUUUAACUUUUUUCUUACAGUUUACACCCCUGAAUGCGAAUGUUUUCAUAGCUGUAGCUCAAUUACAUCAAUACACCUGUAUUGAAUGAAUUAGGAAAUAUUUCAGAGGUUUUUGGGUUGCUUUAUUUUUUGACAUGGUAUAGAUUAGAUGUUCUUUUAUUCCUUUUUGAGAAUUGUCUUUGGUAUCUAUGGUGGUCCAGACAUUAUAAUUACACCUCUCUGCAAUAAAUGACAGCUAUGAAAUUUUCUCUUACGGGCAUAGCAUACAUUUUUUUUAAUUCUGAAAAUCAGGGUUUACUGCCACCUGUGAAGUUAUUAAUGUCUCACAUUCUUUUCUUAAACGUUUUAACUGUUGUGCGUGACCUUUAAACUGCAGUUCCAAAUUCUGGUAUUUUUAAACAACGAAACUGAUGUAUUAUCUUAAUUACCAACUCUGGAUCUUUCUACACUUCUUUUUAUGUUACUUGUUUUGUUUGUUUUUUUGUUUAAAAAAACAGGCUUUCAUUAAAACCGAAGAUGCAAUAUUUUGUUGUCAACAGGUGUAUGUGGUGACUAUGCAUUAUGUAUUGACUUUAAAUUUUAUGUUACAAAAUAACAAGUACCUGCACUUUCAUGACUUGUGGGAUGAAAAAGUUUUUAACAAAUUCAGAUGUGGGAAAGGUUUGUAUAAUUUUACAGCUAGUAAAACUUUGGUGCUGAAAGUUGGCAGUUUUAGCUUCAUUCAGGCUGGUAACUGGAAAACUCACCCAUUCAUAGUGUUGGGUAUUGAAUUUUGUAAGGUAAAUGCCAGUGGAAGUAAAUAGUUGCAUUUUGCAUUCUAAAUGGUCUGUCCCAGAAGCCGUGAAAUACAUUUCAUUGCUCCUAGGUUAUGGGAUCUUUUCCCAAGACAUGGAAGAAGCAUAAAAAGAAUGUGUUGGCUACAAAUUCAACACAAAGUUUAAUAUUUUGAAAAGCAAUUAAAACACUAAAAAUCUGCAAUGUCUCAUCAUUCUCUUGCAUUGCUUCAGUUACAAGUUUAUUGUCUUUGAGGCUUUUAUUCACAAUUUUACUGUUUAUCUUCGUUAGCUGGUGCUGCACACCAUACUAUGACCCAGAAAUGACCACAAUAAAAUGUUAAAACCAAGAAA